UGCUCGCUUCAGGCUCGAUUUUGUUGCUUGUAAGUCAAUGGGAGCAGCAUCUUUGGUUGUUCCUGGGGUACAAACGAGUAAGGGGUGUUUUGUAGCAAGUGAAAACUUUCUAACGGUUCGUUUUAUCACCAUCAGCUUCUUAUAUAGGCAGCAAGAGCAAAACCUUUUUUCUUUCCUUUUAUCUACACUUGCUAAUUGUUAGGCUGAAUUUUGAGACAAUGAGUUUUCUAUCCAAGAAAAUCCAGUGGAUGGGCCUUUGGUGGUUGGCUGCUGCCAUUACGACUGCCCAAGGUGGUUGUCCGGUCCCUUGCAGAUGUUUUUUUUAUUUUCCCACGGCGUACUUUACAGAUUGCGAGGAUAAGGGACUGACUGUGGCUCCGGCUAAAGAUGCUUUUGAUAACGCAACCAAAAUCUUGGGCUUAAACAGAAACCAGCUUGUAUCGUUACCCAACGGGCUUUUCGACGACGUCAAAGAACUAAUAGCAUUGAACUUGGAGGAUAAUAAACUGGUGUCAUUGCCGCCUAAAAUGUUUCAUUACAAUACGAAUUUACGUUAUUUGAAUUUGAGAAACAAUCAGAUGAAGACUCUUCCAGUAGGAAUAUUUGACAACAACAAGAAACUAGAAUAUUUAGAAUUGAGUUCUAAUCAGCUGAAGGCUUUGCCUGUUGCAAUCUUUGCGAACAACGCAAACCUUACUGAAAUGGAAUUGAGUUUGAAUCAGCUGACGACUUUGCCUGUUGCAAUCUUUGCUAACAACGUAAACCUUAAUGAACUAAACUUAAAUUCUAAUCAGCUGACGACUUUGCCCGCGGCAGUCUUUGUUAACAACAAAAAUCUUACAAAAUUAGAAUUGAGUUCUAAUCGCCUGACGGCUUUGCCUGUUGCAAUCUUUGCUAACAACGUAAACCUUACUGAAUUAAAAGUAAAUUCGAAUCAGCUGACGACUUUGCCCGUUGCAGYCUUUGCUUACAACAAAAAUCUUAUGAAAUUAGGAUUGAAUGAUAAUCAGCUGACGGAUUUGCCUAGUGCAAUCUUUGCUAACAACAUAAAACUUACUGAAUUGGACCUCAAAUGGAACAAACUAAGACAUCUACCACAAAAAUUGUUUUUUCAUAACCGAGAGCUAAAAUACCUACUUCUUCAGAAUAACAGAAUAACAAACUUGCAACAAGGAUUGUUUGGUAAUAAUCUGAAGCUCCAGGGGAUGAGUAUUGUAGGUAAUUUGCUAGCAGAACUACCAGAAGACCUACUUCAUGGAUUGAAAAAUCUAAAAGUCUUUGCUGCCGAUUAUAACGGGCUAAAACACAUCCCCGAUGGAUUCUUUAAGGAUACUAGACAACUUGAAACUCUGGCUUUAGUGAAUAACAGGUUGCCUUCAAUAAAACUAUCUCAUCUUAAGCGAUUAAAUUAUCUAUUACUUAAUCAAAACAGCUUAACAUCGGCGACUCUUACUCGUAAACUACUGAAUAACAUGGUGCGGCUUAGAGCUCUCUUGGUGUCGUACAAUGAUAUAAAGAACAUCGAAGACUAUUCUUUCAAAAACUGCCAGUAUCUGUUGUACAUUAUAUUCCACAACAACGGACUGACAAAAAUUAAAUCAUGGCGAACCUUUUAUAGAGCUUCUAAUCUCAAGGUUCUAACUCUUUCAGAUAAUCCAAUAGAAUACAUUGCAGAAUACGCUUUCUACUUUAAUCCAUCUCUGGAAAGUUUGUAUUUGGCGCAAACCAAGAUCAAAAGUGUCAGCACGCUGUGGUUUCAUAAGUCAUCAUACAUAAAGGCAACAGCGAUAUACAUGUAA